GAGGAGUGAGAGUCCUGUAGUCUGCACGGCAGGACCCCGGUCCCGUGCGCGUCUCCCAGCAUGCUGGGCCCCCGCCUGCUGGCUGCGCUCUGUGGCGUGCUGCUCUGUGCCUCUGGCCUCUUCGCUGCCUCGGUCAGAGCUGCCACUGCAGGUGACUUCUGUGACUCCAGCCAGUGCAUGAAUGGAGGGACUUGCUUAUUGGGCCAGGACGGAAUCCCCUUCUCCUGCCUCUGCCCCGAAGGCUUCACGGGCAUCAUUUGCAAUGAGACUGAGAAAGGUCCCUGUUUCCCAAACCCCUGCCACAACGAUGCUGAGUGCCUGGUGUUGGAUGAGUUAAAACGCGGGGAUAAUUUCAUCCAGUACGUCUGCAAGUGCCCUCAUGGCUACGCAGGCUACCACUGUGAGACCGUGUGCAGCAUGCCUCUGGGCAUGGAGACGGGUGCCAUUGCCGACUCGCAGAUCUCUGCCUCAUCCUUGCAGUUGGGCUUCAUGGGUUUGCAGCGCUGGGGCCCAGAGCUGGCCCGCCUGCGCCGCACGGGCCUUGUCAAUGCCUGGACAGCCAGCAAUUACGAUAGGACACCCUGGAUCCAGGUGAACCUGCUGCGAAAGAUGGGGGUGACGGGUGUGGUGACGCAGGGCGCCAGCCGCACAGGCAUUUCUGAGUACGUGAAGACUUUCAAGGUGGCCUACAGCGUCAAUGGGAAAAACUUCCAGUUCAUCCAGGGAGACUCAGGAGACAAGGUAUUUAUUGGUAAUUUGGACAACAACGGCCUGAAGACCAACCUGUUUGACUUUCCUCUGGAAGUGCAGUAUGUGAGGCUGGUGCCCACUAUUUGCCACCGGAGCUGCACCCUGCGCUUUGAGCUCCUUGGCUGUGAGCUGAACGCAGGCACUCCAGUUGGCUGGCUUUCCAGUACCCCUCCCCCAAAUUCCCCAAAGGGACUUAUGGAGUGGAAUCGGCCAGGAUGCGCCGGACCCCUGGGCCUGAAGGACAACACCAUCCCUGACAAACAGAUCACGGCCUCCAGCACCUACAAGACCUGGGGCCUGAAUUCCUUCAGCUGGUAUCCCUUCUACGCGCGGCUGGACAAGCAGGGCAAGUUCAACGCCUGGACCGCUGAGAAGAACUCUGCCUCUGAAUGGCUGCAGAUUGACUUGGGCUCUGAGAAGCAAGUGACCGGCAUCAUCACUCAGGGAGCCCGAGACUUUGGCCACAUCCAGUAUGUGGCAGCCUAUAGGUUGGCCUACAGUAACAACGGUGUGGACUGGACCGAGUACAGUGAUCCGGGGACCUCAGAGGGCAAGAUCUUCCCCGGCAACUUGGACAAUAACUCCCACAAGAAGAACAUGUUUGAAACACCCUUCCAGGCUCGCUAUGUUCGCAUCCUGCCCGUAGCUUGGCACAACCGUAUCACCCUGCGUGUGGAGCUGCUGGGCUGUUAGUGCCCGACUCCCACACUCCCGUUCCCAUGACCCUGGAGGAAGGCCCUGAGACGCCAGGCUGGAGAUAAGUCUCCUACCCCCCAGCCCUGAGGCAUGAUGCUGCCACUCCUGCUGCUGCCUCCUAGCCACCUGACACUCCCCCCUUAUCUCCCUGGAGACCCCUCUUGACCUACAAAAAGACAGGGGAAUGGGGUGGGUCUGUGGAGAGAUAGGGGAGGAGGUGGGUGGGCAUGGGGGCCCUCAGUGCUGAUUCUUUACUAGUGAGUGCACAGGCAGCUUCCAAAAUAUAUUUAUAUCACCCCCUGGA